AUGGCGACCGCCGCCGGUGCGGAGGAGCCGGCGGACCUGUCGGCGCUGCUGGACGCGGGCGACGGCGCCGUCGUGACGCUGGUGGCGGGCCGCACGCGGCUGGCGGCGCACCGCGCCGUGCUCGCCGCCAGGAGCCCCGUGUUGGCCGCGCUGCUGAGCCGCGGCGGCGGCGCCGGCGAGGUGGAGGUGGGCGACGUGGCGGGCCCGCUGCUGCGCCAGCUGCUCGCCGCCCUGUACACGCUGCGCGCGCCGCGCCAGCCCGGCGCCGCCCUGCAGCUGCUGGAGGCCGCCGACAGGUUCGGCGUGCCGGAGCUCGUGGCGGACUGCGAGCGGCUGGCGGCGGCGCAGCUGCGCGUCGAGACGGCGGCGGCGGCGGCCGUGCUGGCCGUCACGCGCCGCUACGCCGGGCUGGCGCGCGCCGCCGUCGCCUUCCUCAGGGCGCACGUCUCGCGCGUCGUGGGCACGCGCGGCUGGGCCGACGCCGUGCGCACGCAGCCCGACGCCCUCAUCGAGGUGAUCCGGCUGCUGGCCGACCCGCCGGCAGGAACCAGGUGA